CAAAUGAAGAAUUUGAUCAAUUAUGCUUUGAUUUUGGACUAGAGUUAGAUGAUGUGGUUGUUGAAACAAUUGAAGAAGAAGGUCAAAAGCCACGGGAUGUGGAAAUUUAUAAGAUUGAUAUUCCUGCCAACAGGUAUGACCUGCUUUGUCUUGAGGGACUAACAAGGGGAAUAUUAGUCUUCCUGAACAAAAUGCAAGCACCGAGAUACAAAGCUAUCAAGCCUGAAGGCAAAAUGGAAAGGCUGAGAAUCUCUAAAAGUACUGCUCAAGUCAGACCACAUUGUGUUGCUGCUCUUCUGAGGAAUAUCACUUUUACAAAGACAAGUUACGAUAGUUUUAUCGACCUUCAAGACAAACUCCACCAUAACCUGUGUAGACGCAGAACACUGGUUGCCAUAGGAACACAUGAUUAUGAUACCUUGAAGGGUCCAUUCUUGUACGAUGCUAGACCUCCUAAGGAUAUUAAAUUUAAACCUCUUAGUCAGACUAAAGAAUACACUGCAGUUGAACUUAUGGACCUCUAUGCUGAGCUGAAAUAUCGAGAAGAGGUAGUGCCGACAGAAGAGAUAAACAAGAAGAUAGGAAUAAAGGAAACUCCAGAGAAUCUGGCCAAGAUGUUGACGAGGAUGUGUCUCGUAAGCGAGGUAGUGGAAGGUGGCAAAGGUAUUAAAGUCGAGAUUCCUCCAACAAGAGCUGAUGUCAUCCACGCGUGCGAUAUCAUAGAAGACGCAGCCAUUGCUUAUGGUUUUAACAACAUCGUCAAAACCGUACCAUCUACACUCACCAUUGCAAACCAGUUCAAGCUGAACACUGUGUGUGACUUGUUGAAACAAGAAAUCGCGCAGGCAGGAUUCACAGAGGUUUUAACGUUCGCGUUGUGUUCACGUGAUGACAUAUCAGAAAAGCUCAAGAAGCCCUUGAAUGAGACACGUGCUAUUCACAUAGGAAACCCAAAGACUCAGGAAUUCCAGGUUGCCAGGACGACGUUGUUACCAGGGUUACUAAAAACCAUCUGCUCUAACAAGAAAAUGCCAUUACCCAUAAGGCUGUUCGAGAUGUCUGAUGUCGUUUACAAAGAUGACAAGAAAGAUGUCGGAGCGAGAAACAACAGACGCUUCUGCGCAGUAAACUACAACAAAACGCCAGGUUUCGAGGUUAUCCAUGGCCUGUUGGAUCGUACCAUGCAGUUAUUGGAGAUCAAGCCAACAGCCGACAAAACUAAAGAUCCUCAGCAAGGAUACCAUCUGAAGCAGCAUAAUGAUUCCACUUUUUUCCCUGGUCGAUGUGGUGAGGUGAUUGUCAAUGGGAAACCCGUUGGCAUUGUGGGUGUUUUGCAUCCUGACGUCAUCAGUAGGUUUGACCUUAACUUGCCAUGCGCAGCUCUAGAGAUUGAUAUCGAGGCUCUGAUCUAGGCUUCCCUCUCUUGAGCCUUGUCAAUAAUGGCAAUCAUGUUGUAUUGAUAAAACAAUAUAAACCUCUGUUGAUAUUAGGAUUUAAUAAUUAUCGAAUAGGCCGAGGAGGUUUCGGUUCUCCAUAAAAUCAACAUAAACCUAUAGUUUUCUUUCUUUCAAUAGACGACUUGCACUAACAGGUCACGUGACCCUACCUCCCUUAAAACGAGCAGUUGUGUGAAAACUAACUUUAGAAAUGAAAAGAACUGCUCAACAUUAGUGAGGAGGCGAAGUUUCAGCUCAUAAAGUUGACUAUAGGAUAAAUGGCAUUGAAUAUAAAAUGAAAUAUUUUAUAGGGAUUGGUAUGGGAAAAUGUGCUGUAUGGCAAAUCCUGGCAAAAUAUUCCAUUUUAUAUUUAAUGCCAUUUCUCCUUUUUCACUUGUUAUGAGCUAAAACUCCGCCACCCUACUAAUGUCGAGGUGCUCUUUUCAUUCCGGAUGUGCAUUUUGAAACAGCUGGUCGUUUUAAGGGACGUAGGGUCACGUGACCCGUCUAUUUCUCAUUUUAAGAAUUUUUAACACUAGCGUAGGAUUUUUUUUUUCAGUUAUAAAAAAGAUGUAAAAGUCUCAUUGAAUCUGUAAGCAUUUCAUCAAUCAAAACAGAAAUCCUUUUUAUUUUCUGAGCUAAAGAUACGGAUUGCAGCUCGAAAAUGACCUAUUGACAAACUAGGCGCAAUGAUUUCAUUACUAACUUUUUCUCAGUUCUGACUGUAAUGGACGUGCUUGUCUUCGCGCAUGUUAACUGUAUUUAAUAAGACAUAAAUACGAAUAAAAGAUCACGUAUUUA